AUGGAAAAAACGGUAUCGCUUGAAGAGAGUAUCAUCCCAUCACUCGGACCUUGGAUAGAAGGAUUCGAACGAGCUAUAAGAUCUUCGAAAUCUUCCUGUGCGGACGAACUUAUGAUCCUGGUAAAGGCCGUCAAAUCUGGACAAACAUGGGCAAUACAGAUGCUGGAUGCCUCGUCGAAACUUCAGUCGGGGAUCCUGAUUGGAAAUGUACGUGAUCUCGGGUCGUACGACGAGUGCGUCGAGGCCAAAGGACGGUACAACAACGUCAGUAUCCAAGGAAAGCACUGCAUGGUAUCGCUAGGCGGGAUUCCCAACAUACUUAACGUACCUGUGAUCAAAUAUGUGAAUGAUCGCUUUUUCUCGUCGUUUUGCGUUCCGUCUUCGUGCAACGAAACGCAAGUAGAGCAAAUGAUAAACGCCACUCUUCAGACGACACCGAUUGUCAGCGGCUUAUUAGCACUUGGAGCUAGUGGAGCGAGUUGCGCGCAAAUCGAGAGUGAAAAUUUUACGAUUGGAGAAAUAACAACGGCAAUUUGCUUAUCACUGUUUGGAGCGUUCAUGCUUUUUUGCACGGUAUGCGAUUUCUUAAAAAGACGCAACCCUGCCACUGCUUCGAAGCUGAUAAAUACUUUGGCGAAAUUUUCCUUGUACAAGAACGCUCUCGCCAUACUUAGCACCGAAGUAAAGCCUGGAACGAUUCCCGCGAUUCAGGGUAUAAGAUUCCUGAGUAUAUCUUGGAUCGUGUUUGGUCAUCAUUUCGUUACGUCGUUUUUACGACCGACAGUGAACUCCCUUCACAUCUUGAAAUGGUUGAAUUCGUGGGAAUCAGUUUUCAUUCAGGGAGCGCCGUUUGCCGUUGACACCUUCUUUGUAAUCAGCGGAUUUUUGAUGGCUUAUCUUUUUCUCAGGGCGAUGAAGGCAGGAAAGAAAAUAAAUAUACCGAUGCUGUAUUUUCAUCGUUACUUACGAUUAACGCCAAGUGUAGUAGUUUUGAUUUUGUUCCUCAAGUUUUUUCUGCACCGAGUGGCAAAUGGCCCCUUAUGGAAAACGCUGCUAACUCUAGCCGUGAAACCCUGUGACGACAAUUGGUGGGUGAAUUUGCUGUAUCUACAAAACCUUGUGAACCCGGAGAAUAUGUGUUUAGUGCACACCUGGUAUUCGGCUGCCGAUAUGCAACUCUUUUGGAUAUCACCUAUUAUAAUGUAUCCGCUGUAUUAUCGGCCAAAAUAUGGACUUAGAAUAAUUGGUUUCUUCCUUGUGGCCUCAAUGGUUACGCCAGCUGUUAUUUUAGCUACUAACGAAUACUCUAACUCUGUUCUUCCGCUAAAUCUCGCCAGAGGGGAAAUAAGACUGGAUAACACUUUUCACUACAACAUCGUCACUUACAAUCGAGCUUGCGCGUACUUCGUAGGAAUUCUCUUGGGUUAUGAUGUGACGAAUAAUACGAGACAGCUUUCUAAGGUGAUCGUAUGGAUUAACUGGAUCGUUAGUUCUAUUCUUAUGCUGUUUUGUUUAUGGGCUAUUCAUGACAUCUACAACACUGAUUACUCUCAUAACCUGCCACUGGAAACCGCGUUUGCUCUUACAUUGCGCCCGUUUUGGUCAAUUGCCAUAGCUUGGAUUCUUUAUGCAUGUAUCUGGGGCUACGGAGGUCCCGUAAGCAGUUUUCUGUCCUUGCCGUUUUUCCAGCCACUCGGUCGAUUGUCGUAUUCGAUUUACUUGCUUCACUUUAUAAUUCAAGCGAUGAGAAAUGGCGUUGCACGGACCCCUGGAACAUUUUCAAACUUUCAUAUGCUAACUGGAUAUGGGAUCGACUUGACACUGUCAAUCGGAGUGGCUUUCGUCUUUAAUUUACUCUUCGAAUCCCCAAUUUUUGUACUGCAAAAAAUCAUUGAAAGUCGUGCAGUACCGGAAUCAGAAAAAGUUAUCCUUGUGAAACCCAGUAGCAAGAGUGUAAAGCAUAAGUUUAGCAAACGCUCAUGA